AUGGGAAUGGUUUUAUACACCGUGUAUAUCAUCGACAUGGGAAUGGUUUUAUAUACCGUGUAUAUCAUCGACAUGGGAAUGGUUUUAUAUACCGUGUAUAUCGUCAACAUGGGAAUGGUUUUAUACAUCGUGUAUAUCAUCGACAUGGGAAUGGUUUUAUACAUCGUGUAUAUCAUCGACAUGGGAAUGGUUUUAUACAUCGUGUAUAUCAUCGACAUGGGAAUGGUUUUAUACAACGUGUAUAUCAUCGACAUGGGAAUGGUUUUAUACAACGUGUAUAUCAUUGACAUGGGAAUAUGUUUAUACACCGUGUAUAUCGUCAACAUGGGAAUGGUUUUAUACACCGUGUAUAUCUUCAACAUGAGAAUAGUUUUAUAUACCGUGUAUAUCAUCGACAUGGGAAUGGUUUUAUACAACGUGUAUAUCAUCGACAUGGGAAUGGUUUUAUACACCGUGUAUAUCACCGACAUGGGAAUGGUUUUAUAUACCGUGUAUAUCAUCGACAUGGGAAUGGUUUUAUAUACCGUGUAUAUCAUCGACAUGGGAAUGGUUUUAUACAACGUGUAUAUCGUCAACAUGGGAAUGGUUUUAUACACCGUGUAUAUCUUCAACAUGAGAAUAGUUUUAUAUACCGCGUAUAUCAUCGACAUGGGAAUGGUUUUAUACAACGUGUAUAUCAUCGACAUGGGAAUAAUUUUAUACACCGUGUAUAUCAUCAACAUGGGAAUGGUUUUAUAUACCGUGUAUAUCAUCGACAUGGGAAUGGUUUUAUAUACCGUGUAUAUCAUCGACAUGGGAAUAAUUUUAUACGCCGUGUAUAUCAUCAACAUGGGAAUGGUUUUAUACACCGUGUAUAUCAUCGACAUGGGAAUGGUUUUAUAUACCGUGUAUACCAUCGACAUGGGAAUGGUUUUAUAUACCGUGUAUAUCAUCAACAUGGGAAUGGUUUUAUACACCGUGUAUAUCAUUGACAUGGGAAUGGUUUUAUACACCGUGUAUACCAUCGACAUGGGAAUGGUUUUAUACGUCGGAAAGGUCUGA